AUGGGCGCGUGGCUAUUUGUGUUUGCGUUCGUUAUGAACGCAGUCAGCAUGUUCCUGCAGGUGCACUUCACAAUCAUGUAUGCGGAUCUGGAGGCGGAUUACGUCAACCCCAUUGAGCUGUGCUCAAAGGUCAACCGGCUAAUAACGCCCGAGGCGGGUGUGCAUGCGUUCAUCUCUCUGCUCUUCCUGCUGAACGGGUACUGGUUUGUGUUCUUGCUGAACCUGCCGGUGCUCUUCUACAACGCGAAGAAGAUAUACCACAAGAUGCAGCUGCUGGACGCGACGGAGAUCUUCCGCACGUUGUCGAAGCACAAGCGGGAGUCGUUCCUGAAGCUGGGCUUCUACCUGCUGCUGUUCUUUUUCUACCUGUACCGCAUGAUCAUGGCGCUGAUCGCGGAGGACAACUGA